AUUUCACGUGCGUACCAUAUUAGCAUCACCGCUAGUACCUUCCAGUGUCAAUAAUUGCCUGAGAAAACUGCGGAAGCGUUAAGAUCCGACCGCAUACCUUUGGAGCGUACAUUGCGGAACCAUGCUCCCAACGAGGAUCUUCGUCGUUUCUGCUUUGGCGGUACUUGCUGAGGUGAUACAGUGCGACGUGUUCGAUAAGUACUGCGGGCUGGGGUGCAACGAUGAGGUGCAUACUGUUUGCUUGAGGAGGAAUCAGAGCUGCGGUCCCGAUCCAGAAUGCGGUGCUGAGUUCCGGAAAGUAAAAUUUUCCGAACCAGAGAAGAAGUUCAUCCUUGACAUCCACAACCAUUUAAGAAAUUACGUGGCUAAUGGAAUCGAAAGGAGGGGAACUGGUCAACCACCUGCUAGUAACAUAAAUGCACUGACAUAUAACGAAGAACUGGAGUUCAUAGCACAGUGCUGGGUGAAUAGGUGUAGAAGAGAGUUAGCACACGACAAAUGCAGAAAAACAUCGACCUUUCCUCUGGUAGGUCAAAACCUAGCAUCGGUGAGUACCACAUCUCGUAACAUUGACAUAGUCAAGGAGGUCAGGAGGAUGAUAACAGGCUGGUACGAAGAAGUGACUAUGUUCAAUAGCACUGAUAUCAAAGAUAUAAAACCAGAUGGCAGAGUAGGACACUACCUCCAGCUGGUAUGGGCAACCACGAGAAUGGUAGGAUGUGCAGCUUCCACAUGGACAACCGUAGAAGGCAGAACUAAAUGGCGGCAUCUCAUGUUCGCCUGUAACUAUGGGCCAGCAGGGAACAUACUUAAUACGGCUGUUUAUGAAGUCGGCAAGCCUGGAGCGAAAUGCCUCGGUGGGAAGAGGCAUCCGAUGUAUAGGUCGCUUUGUGUGUAUUGAGAUGAGAUUUGAUAAGAUUGGUAACAGUACAGCCUUCUUGAAAUUCGGAAGGAGUAUGAGCUGCUUGAGAAUACUUACUUUUUUAUUCGUUAUUGACCAGAUUUUUCCAACACCGUCUUAAAAUAAAAUAACUUAAUAGACGUGGCAGUACAAUGGCUAUCGAUGACAAAAGUCACAUAUUCGCCCCCCAAGAUCUGUAUUAAUCUAGAUUUUCUCCGAUUUGACAGCCGGAUGAAAAUUAUUUUUUAUGAAAUAGAAUUUGACAAAAAGUAACGCCAAAAGAAAUCCUGAACAGAAAUGUAUUACUCAAAUACUGAAAAAUAAAGACGAUGGUAUUGCGAUCCUGUUGGUAUAAUUUUAUGUCAUAGGCAUUUUCAAACGUUUGAAUUUUGUAUAAUUAUUUAUAAUAUAUACUGGGUGAUUUUCAAGUCGUGUCUAAAAGUAAAACAUGAUGUACUGGACCGCAUUUUAAGAGGGGUCUUCUAUGUAAUAUUUUGGCUUCAUUAAAAGGAUACGGGGUGUUAGUUUAAAAAUUUUUUUUUCUAAUAUCUUCAAAAACGUCAACUGGAAUAAACUAAAAUUUGGUAUGUGGAUUUACCUAAGUAUUCUCCACAUUCAAAAGACGUUACUUAAAAUACACGUGCACGCCACUGUUUUUUUCGAAACGCAAUUUUAUAAUUUGCUACAAAUAACUACUCUUGUUUUUUCCUGAAGUGCAUUGUUUUCGUAAAAAUUAAAAAAGCAACUAAUUAGAUAAUCAAAGCUUCAUUUCAAUAAAUGUUCAAAUCAACAGUAUUAAUUUGUUCAGAAUACACGAGUUCUCUAAACGAGUCCCCCAAGUUACUAGAGUUACUGUGUAUACAGUGUGAGUCUUCAUGAAGUGCACAUAGCAAAAUCAAGGAAACUACACCUUAUAUUAUUGACGGAAAAAUUAUCAAAAAAAAUUAAAGACAAUAAUUGAUUUUUUAUGAAUAUGUAUUUUAAAAUUUUUAGAGUCAGCUGCUAACUCUAUUUAAAUAAAUCGUUACAACUUUUAAACUGAAUGUCCUAUCAUAUUGGAAUAAAUUUUGUAGUGAUUGCAAAUAAUAGACGGUACCAGUAAAGUGAAAAUUUCCACGAAAUUAAAUGCUAUAAAUUUAAAAGAAAGAGGAAUAUGCUGAAACUCACUAUUUUUUCAAUGAUUUUUAAAACAAUUGCUAAAUUUCAAUAAAAAUUGUCCUAUUUACCCUACCUUUUUUAAAUGUUAAGUUAUCCUACAUGUUAUUAGCUUUCUAAUGGUGAAAACUUGCAAGUUUAUUACUUAGAUACAAGUUUUUAAAUCAGCGUUUCAAAAAGCAGUGAACUCAGUUCAACGCCAGAGUAGGAAUAAAACAACAGUAUUAACCUACAUGACUCAUUCAUUAUCUUUAACAAAUAAAAUCAAAUAGACUUGUCUAUAGGAUAAUCAUUUUGGCUUAAUGCAUCAAAUGUUUAAAAUGGCCACCCCGUU